AUGGAUGAGAGAACGAAAAUAGUAGAUGUAUGGGCAAACAAUUUAGAGGAGGAAUUUGAAAGAAUAAGAGAUGUAGUUGAAAAUCAUCCUUAUGUUGCUAUUGAUACUGAAUUCCCAGGAAUUGUUGCUAGACCAACUGGAAAUGUAUUAGAUUAUAAUUAUCAAACGAUAAAAUGUAAUGUGGAUUUAUUAAAAGUUAUACAAUUAGGUGUUACUUUUUCAAAUGGUAAGGGAGAAUUACCAAAAGUGUCAACAUGGCAGUUUAAUUUUAAAUUUGAUCUUGAUAGUGAUAUGUAUGCUCAGAAUUCUAUUGAUUUUUUAAAACUAAGUGGUAUAAAUUUUGAAAAGCAUCAAUCAUUAGGGAUAGAAUUAUUACAUUUUGGGGAAGUUAUUAUGUCAUCAGGUUUGGUUAUGAAUGAAGAUGUAAAAUGGAUAUCAUUUCAUGGAUGUUAUGAUUUUGCAUAUUUAUUAAAAAUAUUAACAUGUUCUGCUUUGCCGCAAAAUGAAAUUGCUUUUUUUGAAUUACUAAAUGAUUUUUUCCCAUCACUAUAUGAUAUAAAAUAUUUAUUACUAAAUUUGAAUAUUAAGCAAUUAAGUAGAACUUACUCCUUACAAAAAAUUAGUGAAAUUUUAAGUGUAAAAAGAAUAGGAAGACAACAUCAAGCGGGAUCAGAUUCAUUAGUUACAUGUAAAACAUUUUUUAAAUUAAUGGAAUUAUAUUUUGAUAAUAAAAUUGAUGACAAAAAAUAUUCAGGUAUUAUAUAUGGGUUAGGAUCAACUAUUAAGAAUUAUAUACCUAAAUCAGAAGAUAAUACAAAUAAAUUUAAUAACAAUCAUAAUAAUAAUUAUUUAAAAAAUAACAAUAAUAUAUAUAUAGGUGGGAAGAAUAAUUUAUUGAAUUCUCAUAAUAAUAAUAAUAAUAAUAAUAAUAAUAAUAAUAAUGCAUUAACUAAUCUUGUAGAAAAUAAGGAAUAUUCAUCAAACUUUAAUAAAGAUACAUCGAAGGUACAUAUUAAAAAUGGUAUGAUGCAUAAUAUAUAUGGAGAUAUGAAUCAAAAUAAUUACAAUAUUAUUACAAAUGUAAAUAAUAUAUCUACACAUAGUUAUAUUACUAAUGAUUUAUAUAACAAUAAUGGCAUCAAUAAUUUCAGCAUAAAUAAGUAUUCACCACAGUUAAUUAAUUCUGUUAAUAAAAACAUAAGAAUUUCUAUGAAUAAUUCCUUUUUAAGUAAUAAGAACAGUGAUAAUAAUAACAAUAUGAAUUAUUCUACUAAUAUCAAUAAAAACAAUUUAGAUAACUCUAAGUUAAUGAAUAAUAUUUUUAAUGAUAUUCCAAGAAGCAUAAGUAAUAAUUUAAAUAAUGAUAUAAAUAAUUUAUCAAAUGAUAAUAUAACAAACAUAAACAAUAUGAGUAAUUCCAAUAUAACAAAUAUAAAUAACGGAAUUAUCAACACUAAUAUAACAAAUAGCAAUAACAGUAUAACCAACUUAAAUAAUACAAGUAUGAAUAAUUUAAAUAACACUUACCUUUUAAAUAACAUUAAUAAUAUAAGCAAUUUGAAUAAUAUAAAUACUAGCAUGAAUAUAAAUAAUUUAAAUAAUAAUAUAAGUUUAAAUAAUGGUAUAAAUAUAAAUAACCUUAGUAACAAUGUAAAUUUAAACAACAUGAAUAUUAAUAAUUUAAAUAAUAAUAUGAACAUUAAUGGAUUAAAUAAUAAUAUGAAUGUAAAUACUUUAAAUGGUGAUGCAAACAAUUUAAAUAAUAUACCAAAUAACAAUAUGAAUAAUUUAAAUUCUUUGCAGAAUAAUAAUAUAAAUGAAUUAAAUCAUUUACAAAAUAACAAUAUGAAUAACAUAAAUAAUUCUGAUGAUAUAGCUAAUUUAAAUAAAAGUUCAUAUCAAUCUAAUAGUAAUUCUAUAGGGGGAAAUGCAAUUGGAAAUAAUUUAUACUCAUCAAACAUGAAUUUUGGUAAUUACAACAAUACUCCUCAUUCAUUUUUAAAUAACAUGAAUUUCAAUUCAUAUAAUUUAUCAAAUAAUUCUAAUAAUCAAAUAAAUAAUAAUCUAAGCAAUUUUAAUUAUUAUUCUUAUUCUGGUAAAUAUAAUUCAUAUAACUAUUCCAAUAAUUUAAAUUAUGUAAAUGCAUUAACAAAUAUAAAUAGUAAAAAUAACUUGGAUGAAAAUGAAAUUGAUAAAAAAUGUAUAGAUAACCUGAAUAAUAAAAGUAUUGUGAAUAAAAAUAUAAUGAAUAAGAUGAAUACUGUACAUAUGGGUUAUAAAAAUAUUACUUCAAAUAAUUUAAAUACCAAUUUUAGAAGUAGUUUUAAAACUACAUCAAUUAAUGAUAUACCAAACAGUGGAAUACAGAAUAACAGCUUAUUAAAUAAAAAUGACAUCAUAAAUAAUAAUAAUUUUGAUAAUGCAAACAUAAUAUCGCAAAAUAAUAAUGGGAGAAAUAACUUCAAAGAUGAUAAAAAUAAUAAUUUAAAUAAUAAUCCUCCCUGUAAUUUAAUUAAUAUGAGUAAUAAUAAUAAUAAAAAUGAUAAUGAUAAUAAUAAUGAUAAUGAUAACAAAAAUAAUAAUAAUAACGAAAAUAAUAAUAAGAAGAAGAAUAAUGAUAAUAACAAAAAUAAUAAUAAUAACGAAAAUAAUAAUGAUAACAAAAAUAAUGAUAAUAAUAAUGAUGAUAAUAAUAAUAAUAAUAACAAUAAUAAUAACAAAAACAAUGAUAAUAAUAAUAAUAAUGAUAACAAAAAUAAUGAUAAUAACAAAAAAAAUAAUAAUAAUAAUAAUGAUAAUAAGAAUAAUGAUAAUAACAAAAAUAAUAAUAAUAAUAAUAAUAAUGAUAAUAAGAAUAAUAAAAAUAAUAAUAAUAAUAACAAUAAUAAUAAUGAAGUAAUGAAAAAUAACUCCUUUGCUAAAAAUAUUAAUUAUUCUGUAAGUAAUAUCAUUACUAAUGUUAGUCAAUCAAACAUGAUAAAUAGUAGCGAAAUAAAAGUAUCGAAUAUGAAUAAUAAUCAUAGUAAUUAUUCUAAUAACAAUAUUAUAAAAAAUAAUUAUAAUACAAAUAGUAGUAACAAUAAUAAUAUAAACACAAACAAUAAAAUGAGUUAUAUAAAUAUGGAUAAUAUAACAUAUAUUAAUACAAGUAAUAAAAAAAAUACAAAUAAUUUAAAUACUAGUAAUAACUCACCAAAUAAAAAUUCAACAAAUAGUAACAAUAUUAAAAAGGAUACUAAUUCAAAUAAAAACAAUAAAAAUUUGAAUAUAAUGAAUAAUUGUAAUAUGAAUGAAAAAAAUAAUAAUAAAGAUAAUAGUAGUAAUAAAAAUAGAAGUUGUAACGUUAAUAAUAACAAUUAUGAUAAUAUUAAUAAUGCUUCUAAUAAUACAAUUAAUAAUAAUAAUGAUACUAUUACCAACAAUGAUAACAUUAAUAAAGGUGAUAAUAAAAAUAAUAAUAGUAUCAUUAAUAAAAAUAGUAAUAAUAUUAACAGUAAUAACAUGAAAGAUAAAAAUAUCUGUAGCAACAAAAAUAACAAUAAUAAUGAUAAUAAUAAUGACGACGAUAAUAAUAAUAAUAAGGACGAUAAUAAUAAGAAUGAUAAUAAUAAGAAUGAUAAUCAUAAGGAUGAUAAUCAUAAUUAUAUUAAAAAUAACAUUAAUGAUAAAUGUAACAUAGUUAACACAGAUAAUAAAAAUUUGAAAAGUAACAAUAAUUAUAAUUUAGUUAAUGAAAAUAAAAACUUUUCUAAUUUUGCAGAUGAUACAGAAAAAAAUACAGAGAUGGUAAAUAUUAAUGAGCAAUUAAAUAGUGAAAUAAAAAAUGAUAAAAUUUUUCAUAUUAAUAAUUCAACUGAUAUUGCAAAUGCACACACAUACAAUAAUUUUUUAGAUCAUAUGGUUUAUUUUAAAUCAGAUAAUGUGAAGAUAUUUAAAAAUUAUGAUAGAAAUAAUACACAACAAUUAUUAAUAAAAGGUAAUUUUUCUAAUAAUGAUGAAUAUAAUAAUGAAAAUAUUAUUCAUAGUAUAAAUAAUAAAAAUAUUAAUGUUUUGCAUAAUGGUAAUCUGAUAAAUAAAAAUAUAAAUAAUAAUGUAAGUAAUGAAAAUAAUUAUAUAAAAAAUAAUAACUCAUCUAUUAACAUUUGUAGCAGUACGAAUAAUAAAAAUUUAAAUAAUUACAAUGAUGUUAUACAUAAGAAAUUAAAUAAUUUGAAUAUAGUUAAUAAUUUAAAUACAAUAAGCAAAUUAUCCAAUACUUUUAAGAAUAAGGAUAAUUAUGAUGAUUUAAAUGAAAAGAUCAAUAUAAAUAUAGCAAAUAAUUUUGUGAGGAAAAAGUUAGACAAUGAAAAUUUAAAUUAUAUAAAUAAUGGUAUGACAGAUAACCAAAAUAUAAAUGAUUUUUAUAUUAAUAAUGACAAUUCAUUGGAUAACAUAAAUUUUAAUAGUAACAAUAUAAAUGAUUCAAAUUUUCAUUUUAAUAAUAAUGAGAGUACUAUAUCUAAUGAACAUUAUCAUAAUUCUUACUUAGAAUUAUUUCCUGAUAAAAUGAAAAAUAAAUUAUUUAAUGAUAAUAAUAAAAAUAAAUCUGUGUGUAAUGAAAAAAAAGAUGAUUUAAAUUUAAAUUACAAUGAAAAUAAUUUUUCUGAUAAGAUAGCCAUUACCAACAAUUAUGGAAUUUUUGAAACAGAGAAAAAUAAUUUUAAUCAAUUAAAUUGUGAUUUUAAAAAUAAAGAGCAAAAUUUUUUUUAUAAAACUUAA